AAUCGAUUGCAUUGGAAAGGGACCAAGGGACCGUCAAAAUGUCCUACUACUUCACCAUCCUCUCGCCCACGGACGUCCCGUUGUUCAACAUCGCCUUCGGCACCUCCAAAUCCGGCGGCGACGGCAUCGCCCGCUUCCGCUUCCCAGAUACAGCGCAGUACAUGAACCAAUUCAUCAUCCACUCGAGUCUGGACAUGGUCGAGGAAGCGCAGUGGAUGAACGGGAAUAUGUACCUCAAACACAUCGACACCUAUCCGCCCGCCUCAGCAUACAUCUCCGCCUUCCUGACGCCCUCGGGCGCGCGCUUCCUGCUCCUGCACCAACCGCCGCAACUGCCCAGCACCGCUGCCUCUGCCUCGGGGACCUCGGGGUCGAUCCUGGGCGGCUCGUUCUCGGCUUCCGCGCUCGGCGGCGGGUCGUCGCGCGCGUCGGCCUCGUCGGUUGCGGCGAACCCCACCAGUCCGCAGACUGAGGAGGCGGUGCGCCAGUUUAUGGGCGAGGUGUAUGAGAAUUAUGUGAAGACGGUUAUGAGUCCGUUUUAUCGGCAGGGGAUGGAGAUUCGUAGCUCUGUCUUUCGGUCCAGGGUCACGGCUGCUGGGCGCAAAUGGCUUUAAUCCUUCUCUCUCUGUGGUAUUAGAUUGUGGUGGGCCAGGAAGUUGAAAGAAAGGGGGGUCCGGGGGUUCUCCCCCGGAUACACUCUUACUCUGGUGUUAGAUUGAGGUGGGCCAGGGAGCU